AUGGCUCCUGGUCGAUUGGCCGGAGGAGGGAGAGAAGACACAAAGCAACGAAGAGAAGCGAGAACACAAGCGAUGUUUGAUGACGGUGAUCGACUGACAAUGGACCAGCGGAAGCCAGUGAGAGCCAGUGGGGCCAUGAAGCCGACGCACCAUGGCCAGGCUAGCAGGGCUGCUGGAGAUGGCGAUAGCCAGUCUCUAGAGGACCAUGUCCACCAGACACGCCAGGAUACCCAACCCGGAACUGGUGCCGGUGCUAAGAGCGGCCAACAAGACCCUUCUCGGCCCCCGAUUGGCAAUGAACGUGUCCAACGAGGCCAAAGUUCUAGACAUUUCGAUGAAAUCUCCCUGACGAUUGGAGAGGACAACCCUGGUCCAGCCAGGAGGGGACACAGUAGGGCCUCUCGAGCAUCAGGCGCAGGCGCAGGCGAAGGUGCAGGCGGCACUCCUCAGCAGCGUCCAACAGCCUACUACCCCCGGGGAGUAGUACCAACACCAGCAACACAGCCGAAGGGCCUGCAGCCAGAGCCAGACUUACACUCAGUCUCUCAACAGCCAUCUUCCUGGGCAAAGAAAAGUCGUCCACCAACAAACACUCGUGUAUCGCCAUUGCACGACCCUCUCAACAUCAAACCAACAAAUCUGCAUUUCGCUCAAGGCAGCAGGCCUCGUUCUCCCUCACCCACCGCCAAACUGCCUUCCAAAAGUCGUUCCAUCUCCUACACAUCUCCCCUCGAGUUGUUGAGCGAAGAGUCCAAGCGUGGCUCCAGCAAAGCAGCACCCUUGACCGAGGAGAAUCUCCGUUCCCUCUUACGCUCGUUUGACUCUCCCGCCGUCGCGUCCCCUACGGUUGACAAGGUCACAACGUCGAGAGAUAGAGAAAGAGAAAGAGAUAAAGAGAGAGGCAAAACACAAGAUCAAGGCCGAGAGAUACAUGAUUCCAAGCCGAAACCUAAACAUCUUUAUCGGCCUGGCAUUUCUGGCAGACGUGCGGAAACUGUCACAGGCACAGGUACAGGCACAACCGUAGGCGGGAGCGGCACGGCGGGUGGUCCAGCCACGGCGCCCAACGCUGCCACCAAAGGCUCAACCUUAGGUGGGCAAAGCGCCCCACUCAAGGCCACCAUUCACCUGCACUCGGGUUCCUCCGCCGCCCAUUUGCAGCCGGGGAGCCCUUACCCAGCACCCCCAACCGCCACCUCUGCCACUGCUUUUCCCACUCCCACUGUCAUUCGCACUCGGCCAAGCACACUCCCGCACCCACACGGCUCCGGCUCCUCACCUUCACCCUCGCCUUCACCUUCACGCUCUCGGAAACAGUGGACCAAUCCGACUGGGCCACUUCCAUCUCCAUUUAUGCCGAAGUCAAAAUCCCCCAAGAAGAACGACAAGGCCCGAGAACGUGAUAAGAAAAAACCCUCCAAGCACGACCCCGAUCCUGACACUCACCCUCUCAACCUUCCCCCAGACCAACUGCACAGAUUGUACACGGCUCACAUGGCCAAAGAAGAGGCCAACAGUCGGGCCUCCAUGUCGGUCGAUAGAGAUAUGUCCGCCCCAGAAAAUUCAGAUCCGCAGCCAGCCAAUAUGAAUGGCGAACAUUCCUCACCACCCGCCACUCCCUCAAGAGACGCCCCCGGCGCCUUCCCUGAGCAGUCCAGUGACGAUGGUACCAAUGGCACCGCCAACGGUUCAGACGAUCGAAGCCCAACUCCCCCACCGCACAAGGCCCCUCCGCCACCCAAGGUCGAUCCAGAAGCGUGCAAGGCCGCCGGCAACAAAUUCUUCAAGGCAAAGGACUAUGAGCGAGCAAUCGCUGAAUACACAAAAGCCGUCGAAGCAGAACCUUCAAACCCAACCUAUCUCUCAAACCGAGCGGCCGCUUACAUCUCCGCCAACAAAUAUUCUCUGGCCCUCGGCGAUUCGUUACAGGCUAACCGAUUAGACCCCGACAACCACAAGAUUCUCCAUCGCCUCGCCCGAAUCUACACUUCUCUCGGCCGCCCUGAAGCAGCGCUUGAUACAUACGCCAAAAUCCCAGAUGCCUCUGUUACCGACACCGCUGCAGCCCGCAAGGCUUUGUCAUCAAUAGAGCUUGCCGAAAAGCAAAUUAAUUCUGAGGAUGGCAAUGGAAAUAUGGCUCUGUGGAGCAUCGAUCAGGCCAAACAGACUCUCGGCGCAGGCACCCCAACCCCGCGAAGCUGGCAAAUCCUACGGGCCCGGGCAAAUCUCAAGAUUGGUACCGUCAAUGCUCUUGGAGAGGUGCAGGCAAUUGCUCAGAGCCUUAUGCGAGACAACCCCAUGGAUGCAGAAGCCAUUGCCGUUGCCGGCCGAGCCUUGUACUUGAAAGACGACAAACCCCGCCAGGGCAAAUCCGACUAUGAACGAGCAGAGGACCACUUCCGGCAAGCCCUCAACCUCGACCCCGACAAUGCCGAUGCUCGCAACUGUCUUCGUACCAUGAAGAAACUCGAUCGGGCUCGCACCGCCGCCAACGAUUUAUUCAAGCGCGGCAAAUUCUCCGAUGCCGUCACCGCAUAUACCGAAGCCCUCACGAUCGACCCCAGCAACAAAGUCACCAAUGCUAAACUCCUCGGCAACCGAGCCAUGGCACGCAUCAAGAUCAAGGAAUACGACGAGGCCCGAAGUGAUUGUGACCAAGCGCUCAAACUCGAUCCCACUUACAUCAAGGCUAAGCGGACCCGUGCCAAAGUCACUGGUGAAUCAGGUGACUGGGAACAGGCCGUCAAGGAUUACAAGGCGCUGACAGAAGAAUACCCAAGCGACGCCGACCUUGCCAAGGAACUGCGUAACGCUGAGCUAGAACUCAAAAAGUCCAAGCGCAAGGACUGGUAUAAGAUUCUUGGGGUGGACAAGGAUGCCGGCGACAAGGAGAUUGAACGUGCCUACAAGCGGAAAGCGGCCUUACUCCAUCCUGACAAAACCAUGGGUGACAAAGCCAAAGAAGAGGAGUUCAAAGACUGCCUCGAGGCCAAGGAGACAUUGCUGGAUCCUCAAAAGAGACACAUGUUUGACACCGGAGCUGAUCUAAUGGAACCUGGUAUGGGCGGUGGUGGAUUCCCUGGUGGAUUCGGUGGUGGUAUGGGCGGUAUGGGCGGAGGAGUUCAGAUCGACCCUGAGAUGCUGUUCAACAUGAUGAACGGAAUGGGCGGCGGUGGUGGCCAUGGAGGAGGAGGAUUCCCAGGUGGAGCUGGUGGUUUCCGCUUUGCCAACGGUGGUGGUGGACGGGGUGGGUUCUCGCCGUUUGGUUGAUUCCAGACCAGGGAAACGCAACAAACCAUUGUCGAGUACUCCUGAAUCAGUUCGAGCCGACACAUGGGGCCCCGUUAUGUUCCAAAUCGACCGAGCGGACACACGAACACGAUCGAUGUCGAAUUGGGGGGAAGUGGCGUCCACGCCGGACCAUAACGACCCGCAGAAACGGCCUCGACCUCUACCUCUCAAAAAGGCUCGCCCAUUUGACAUCAAGAUCUAGACGAACUCCAUCGAUCUCUUGCCACAUGAUUCACGCGUCAAAGUCGGGCUCACUAGGUCAGCCAGUCUGUUGAGUUGUCUGCCCCAGGUAACAGUCCUCAUGGAAGACCAUGCGGGGGCGAGACGAUGCGAUGUGUACAUCAUGCUCAUGCUCGGCUUACCAACCACUUUGUCUUGUUGUUCUUUUUUUAAAAAACCUCCAUAGACUUUCUUCCGCCCUCAUAGUGACGUUGUUUGGAGUUUUUGACCUGCUGGACACAUGCACCAUGGGCACGGGUGUGGGCCUGGGCAAAUGCAUAGCGUGGAGAGUCAGUCAAUGGAUGAGGGUUGAUAGACCUAGCAUGAAUGGUUUAAUGCGAAGAGCCUAACUGCAUACUACCUAGGUAUUCCGAAUAAACGUG